AUGCGUUACACAGUUCCUCUUAUCUUAAUGGCGGCCGUGGUUGUCCUUGCUUCGCCUGUCACAUCCACAUCCAUAGCUGUAUCGCGGAAAGCAGCACCUCCUCCACCACCGGGACCACCUGGACCUAAAGGAGGGCCUAUGAUGAUGAAGCCUGGAGGACCCGGUAUUGGUGGAAGUGUGGCGAACGUUGGACCAUGCCCAAUGGAUUGCUGGAACCAAGCUGCAGCAACUGCAGGCUGCGACCCCAACCGGCAGCGUGUAGCAUUGGAGAAAACCUCUCGGCAUUGA